ACAAAAAUUAUUUAAGGGUUCAUUUUUUAUUAUUUAAUAGUACAAGAAAUGAUAUAAUAUCUCGUUAUUUCUUCAAAUUGUUUAUUUUCUCUAGUGGGCCAAAGAAAUAAAGUAGAGCAAAAGUUGGUGGAAGAAGAGUUAGCUAAAAGGAUGGAGGAGUAUAAUAAGAAUUUGGAGAUGUUUGUGCUGUUGAAACAAUGUGAAGUUCACAAGGUCAAGUUUCACAUAGAAGUUCAAGCUGGAAAUUCAAGAAAGGUGGUUGCUGUUUUAGCAAUCAAAAGGUUGGAAGCCACUUGGAUCAUUCUAGAUAGGGAAAUGAAAAAAGAGAAGAAGUACUUUAUGGAGAAGCUAUCCUGUGGAAUAUCAAAAUUGAAAAGUAGCAACUCCAUAGAAGAAUUGAGAGGGCCACUAAAAUUAAUGGAGAACACAAAGGUCACCUUAACUAGAAAUACAUUUUCCUAUGAUGAAAUGAUUCCGGGAGACGAUGAUGCAUCAGAAGAACUUCCUUCUUCUCAGCAAAACUUGAAAGUCAUGUCUCGUAUAAGAAGCUCAUGCAAAGAACAGGCAAGCAGUAUUGCGCGGAAGCCCUGUUCAGAUUUUUGUGAAAACUCAGUAAAAAGAUCUUCUUCAACUGACCUAAUGGAUUCAAAUUCAAGCUUGAAAACCCCGAGAAGUUCAUCAAUUUCUUCUCACAAUAAAGCAACAACAACAGAAAACUCACUUUCCCGCGACUCCAAAGAAAGAGAGGAGAUAUUCAAUGAUCAAUAUUAUUAUGGUGUAGUAUCGAAAAAAUCUGAAUGUUCCUUUUGUGGGAAUAGAAGGUCGACGAUGAUAUGGCAUAAGGAAUUCAGUUAUAAGGAGCUUGAAGAAGCAACAAAAGGAUUUUCCAGUGAGAACUUUCUAUCGGAAGGUGGAUUUGGUUCUGUUUAUAAAGGGAUUUUAAAGAAUGGACUAAGAGUUGCUGUGAAGAAGCAUAACGAUACGAGCCUUCAAGGGGAUAAAGAAUUCAAGUCUGAAGUUGAGGUUCUUAGCAAGGCUAGGCAUCCAAAUUUGGUCAUGUUGUUAGGGUCUUGCUCUGAAGGAAGCCAAAGAUUACUUGUCUAUGAGUAUGUUUGCAAUGGUUCACUAGAUCAAUUCUUAUCAGGAGAUACAAGAAUGCCUCUCAAUUGGGAUAGGAGGAUAAAAAUAGCUUUGGGUGCUGCUAGAGGCUUAGAAUAUCUUCAUAAACACAAUAUCAUUCACCGAGAUAUCAGACCUAACAAUGUCCUCGUAACACAUGAUCAUGAAUCACUGCUAGGAGAUUUUGGACUUGCAAAAGCUGGUUAUGAUGAAUCACAAUAUUCGUCUGGUAACAACGUGGUUGGGACUCUUGGAUAUAUGGCACCAGAAUACGCAGCAAACGGAAGGUUCUCAGCUAAAACAGAUGUUUAUGCUUUUGGGGUUGUCCUGCUGCAGCUUAUCACUGGACUCAAGACCACAGACAAAUAUCCUGAAGAUAAAAGUCUUGUUGAAUGGGCAGUGCCUCUUUUGGAGCAAAGGAACUAUCCUCGCCUAAUUGAUAAAAGAAUUAUGGAUUCCCAUGAUUUCCAUCAGCUAUUUUGGAUGGUUGAAUUAGCAGGAAAAUGUCUCAAAAAGGAUCCUAACAAGAGGCAUACCAUGGAAUGGGUGGUUAAGACUCUGAGUAAUAUAAUGGAAGGAAAUGCUGAUACUUGUAUAGACUUCAACACCAAAGGCAACAAUGAAGAUGACCAAACCCUUGGAACAGUUACAACUUCUUCAUGUUCAGACACAACAUGUUCAUCAAAGAGGUGGAGUACUAGUCUUUCAUCAUCCAAUAGUACUCAUGAAGAAUAUGAAAGAAGGAAGAUUCCUCUCAAACAUAAAGGACCAUCUCCAAACAAAAGCAAACUACUCUAUGAAGAAAUGAUUCAUUGAGUACUGACAGAUCCAGGAUUUAAACUCUACGAGUUCAAUCUCUAAGGUUGUCUAUUCGAAACAACCUCUUUAUGUCUGAAGUAGGGGUGAGGUCUUCGUUACGCUCUACCGUCGCAAGACCUCACUUUGUGGGGCUACACUGAGUAUGUUAUUAUCGUUGCCGUUGUUGAGUUCAAUCUUUAAGGUUACAUCCGAUCGUUGUAUUUUAAAAACGAGGGUUCAU